UGACAGAAGAUCACACCUGGAACAAACUCCGCCACGGCUUCCUGACAUUCAACAGCAUGCCUCCUCGCGUGCAUGUUCUGUCCGACGAUACAGAAUUUGACAGAGUCUUUCUCAAGCAUUUGAGACAAGAAGGCUUUGAUGUGAACUAUCUCCCGUUCACAGGAGAUGUCAAAGGCUUCAAGUGGACGAUUCAACAUCUGGCAGAUGAUCUUGAGCUCGGUCAAAGUUAUGCUAUCAUAGCCUUUGGCGAAGCAGCAACACACCUCCUCAGCAUUGCGCAAAAGCCGCUCCCCCAUUGCAUUGCUUUGAUUGUUUACUAUCCUACUACUCUCCCCUCGCUCAACCACAAAUACCCCGUUCAUCUUUCCCUGCUCUGCCAUCUCGCUUCCAACCAACCUUUCGGUGCUUCGACCUUCAAAUCUUACGUCUACCCAGAUACAUAUCCUGGAUUUGCUGAAAGAGAUUUAGAGGAGUAUGAUAGGGUGGCUGCGGGCUUGAGUUGGGGCAGAACAGUUGGGUGUUUGAGAAAGGGCUUCGGGGUUGAAGUUGAUUUGGAAGGAGUUGUUGAGGAGUAUAACAAAUGUAAAUUUGAAGACAAGGACGCUAGAGGGACAAUGUCUGUGUUGAGUCAGGUACCGUACGUGAACCACGUGCCUACUGCAACUGGCGGCAUUGGACGAGAUGAUCUUGAUCACUUCUACCGUCAGGUAUUUCUGCCUGGCAAUCCUCCAAGUUUGAAAGUUCGUCUACUCAGUCGCACUAUCGGUGUUGAUAAAGUGGUCGAUGAGAUGAUGGUUUCUUUCAGACACACACAAGUAAUAUCCUGGAUAUUGCCAGGGGUGCCUCCAACGAACAGGUCAGUCCAGAUACCUGUGGUGUCCAUCGUGAGCAUUCGUGGUGGCAAGCUCUGGCAUGAACAGCUGUAUUGGGAUCAAGCAAGCGUGUUGGUUCAGAUUGGGCUACUCGAUCCGAAACUCGUACCAGGCGACAUGAAGAAGCAGGGUCUUGAAAGGCUUCCUGUGAUUGGCAAAGAGGCAGCCGAAAAGGUUCUGGACGAAGGCAGCCACCCGAGUAACGAGCUCAUCUCCUCAUGGGCGGAGGAAUAGCCGUAGAUCAGACCCGCAUGCAGAGGCAGAUACCCAUUUGGUUAUCGAAGAUUUCAACUCAACCAACAAACUUGCAAGUGGGCAUGCGGUAAUUGUCCAGGGCCCAGUAGCGGCGGCGCACGCCCUCCCACUCGCCCUGUUCAUCAAGGUCGGGAAUGUGAAUGUCUUCAAACUCGGUAUCCAUACCGGCAUCGAAAAGGUCCAUCUCGACAACUCUAGUGUAGACAUCGUAGCAGACUUGUCUGUCGGCACCGAGACCGUUGAAAAACCCGAAGCGACCUUCAGGGUCCAUCAGGCCAAUGACAUGUUCGCUGAAGAACUCCUUCAAAGCCUUGUACUCUUCGGCAAAGGUAUCAAAGUAGAUGCCAUCAAAGAUGACAUUCUGCUCGACGAGUUUGGGAACGACGUCUUGCCAUCUUCCUUCGUGAACUGUGACACCAGGCUUCUCG